AACUUUCUGGCCAAUAAUUAUGUGAACAUGGCAAAUAAAAAGCUAAGAAGAGCAGGUUUACCUCACGAUCUUUGUGAGAGACUAAGUCGACAUCAGAUUACUACUUGCCGGGACUUCUUAUGUCUUUCCUUCCUGGAAUUAAUGAAAAUGACUGGACAGAGCUAUUGGAAUGUCCAGAAACUUUUUCGGACUGUCAGCCAAUCCUGUGCUCCCAAAAUGCAAACGGCUUAUGAAAUGAAAAUGAAAAGAACGAACAAUCCUUCAACAGCAUUCUUGGCAACGACUCUAGAAGAGCUGGAUAAAAUAUUGCAUGGUGGAAUUGCCUGUGGCAAUCUUACAGAGAUAACGGGUCCAUCAGGUUGUGGCAAAACUCAGUUCUGUAUUAUGAUGAGCUUGCUGGCCACAAUGCCCACUAAAACUGGAGGAUUGGAUGGGGCAGUUAUUUACAUUGAUACAGAGUCUGCAUUUACUGCUGAAAGACUUGUUGAAAUAGCACAACAUCGAUUCCCAGAUUAUUUUGCUACAGAAGAAAAGCUGAUUGCAAUGACAAACAAGGUUCUUGUCUAUCAGGAGCUAACCUGUGAUAGCGUACUAAAAAGAAUUAAAUCUUUGGAAGAAGAAAUAAUUUCUAAGAAUGUUAAACUAAUAAUAGUUGACUCAGUUGCUUCAGUAGUCAGAAAAGAAUUUGAUACAAAGCGUCAAGGUAACCUGAAAGAACGAAGCAAUUUAUUGACUAAAGAGGCUUCAAUAUUGAAAUACUUGGCUGAAGAGUUUUCAAUACCAGUAAUCUUGACGAAUCAGAUUACCACAUGGCUAAGUGAUGGCCUUGCUGUACAGGCAGACCUCCUGUCUCCAGUUGAUGACUUGUCCCUGUCUGAAGGAUCUUCUAGAAAUGGAGAGGGGGAAUCUGGCUACGUGACUGCAGCAUUGGGGAACACAUGGAGUCAUUGUGUCAAUACAAGACUGAUUUUACAGUAUUUGGAUUCAAAGACAAGACAGAUCCUGGUUGCUAAGACCCCUAUUGCUCCACUGACAUCGUUCCUAUACAUUAUUGAAAAUUCUGGUUUGGUUCUCCAAGAAAUGGACCCAAAGGAGCAGCCCUGUAGUAAUUGGGAAGGAAUAAACCCAGCACUGCAAGCAAUAAAAGUGAGAAAAGAUACAUUUCACAAUGAAGCUGAAAUGGCUUUAUCGAGUUUUACCCUGUAAGUCACGUCAGCAGUUACCAGAAGCAACCAGAAAAACAGAAUACUGGAAUCCAGAGAAGAAGAAAAAGUCCAUGUUUUUGAACUGAUAUCUUUAUUUUCUUGAUCUGAAGCAACUUCUGCAUAGUUUCCAGCUUUCAGUUUUGAUUACAACAACUUCCAGAUUUUUUUUCAAAAUUGACUGGCAUUUGUGAUUUUACAGCUUUUCUUUAAAUCAGAUGAGCAUAAACAAAGAUCAGAAAACAUUCUUGAAUCCUGUUGGUUGAUGUUGAAUACCCUUUAUUGGUUAAAUACAAUAAGAUUUGUUCAAAGGGUUGCGCUCUCCCUCUUCCUCUCUCCCUCCCUCUCCCUCUCUCCCCCCUUCCCCCCUCUCUCUCCCUCUCUCUCUCAUUUUAGCUUGAGAUUUGGGUAUUGUCUGGUCAACCCAGUCUAGUUUGAAGAGUGUGUGUUUAACAUGAUAUUCAAAGCACAUGACAGUCACAUGCAUUGCUACCAUUUAACUAACACCUGCAGAUUGUUCUUAUAGAUAUUACUUAAUAUCAUGUAAUCUUACUAUGUCAAAAUUGACCAGCUUAAUGAGAGAAAGUGAUGUACUACACCAACACUUUACCAAAAAGAUCCAUAUUCGCAUAUAUCUAUGAUACCACAUUCAUCUGUGAUAAGUCCUACUUGUCAACUAGAAUAGCUAGGAUAAAUCAGCAUAGAUGGUACAACUAUUAACAAUAACAAAUUCCUAGGCGUAAUGACUUGGAAUGUUGAAAGCAUUUCAUAAAUGCAGUAUUAUAGCUGCAAUGCUGCUCACUAGAAUAUUCAUGUAUUUUAUAUUGUGGGUCUAUAGUUAAAACAGGAUCUCUUAUUUAAUGGGGAUUUAUAGCAAAAGCAGGGCUUAUUGAUCAAGUACUGUGAUAGUAGAGAUGUCCAGAUGAAAAUAUAGCUUCUAUUACAAGAAAAUUGUUGA